GGGAUGUGGUCGUGAGGCAAAGCCCACAGACCCUGCAGGCAGAGGGCUUUUGGGGCCAUGGCCCAGGUCAGCAUCGACAGCAGCCCUGGUGAAUGGGGCUGGAGCGCGGAUGCCGGGGAGCGGGCCCGCCUACUGCAAAGUCCCUGUGUGGACCCAGCCCCCAAAGUUGACGGGGAGGCCUCUUCCGGGGAUCCUGGCAGAGGUAGCACUUCCACACUUGGGGCCAUCUUCAUCGUAGUCAACGCCUGCCUGGGGGCAGGGCUGCUCAACUUCCCAGCAGCCUUCAGCACUGCCGGGGGUGUGGCAGCUGGCAUCACACUGCAGAUGGCCAUGCUGGUUUUCAUCAUCAGCGGCCUCGUCAUCCUGGCCUACUGCUCCCAGGCUAGCAAUGAGAGAACCUACCAGGAGGUGGUGUGGGCCGUGUGCGGCAAGCUGACUGGGGUGCUGUGUGAGGUGGCCAUCGCUGUCUACACCUUUGGCACCUGCAUCGCCUUCCUCAUCAUCAUCGGGGACCAGCAGGACAAGAUUAUAGCCGUGAUGACAAAGGAGCCUGAGGGGGCCAGCAGUGGCCUGUGGUACACAGACCGGAAGUUCACCAUCAGCCUUACCGCCUUCCUCUUCAUCCUGCCGCUCUCCAUCCCCAGGGAAAUCGGCUUUCAGAAAUAUGCCAGCUUCUUGAGCGUCGUGGGCACCUGGUACGUCACCGCCAUCAUCAUCAUCAAAUACUUCUGGCCAGAUAAAGAGAUGACCCCCAGGGACAUCCUGACCAGGCCAGCCUCCUGGGUAGCCGUGUUCAAUGCCAUGCCCACCAUCUGCUUUGGAUUUCAGUGCCAUGUGAGCAGUGUGCCAGUCUUCAACAGUAUGCAGCGGCCCGAGGUGAAGACUUGGGGUGGGGUGGUGACGGCUGCCAUGGUCAUAGCCCUUGCUGUCUACAUGGGCACAGGCAUCUGUGGCUUCCUGACCUUUGGAGCUGCUGUGGACCCCGAUGUGCUCCUGUCCUACCCCUCCGAGGACAUGGCUGUGGCCGUGGCCCGAGCCUUCAUCAUCCUUAGCGUGCUCACCUCCUACCCCAUCCUGCACUUCUGUGGCCGGGCUGUGGUUGAGGGCCUGUGGCUGCGCUACCAGGGGAUGCCGUUGGAGGAGGACGUGGGGCGGGAGCGGCGGCGGCGAGUGCUGCAGACGCUCGUCUGGUUUCUGCUCACCCUGCUUCUGGCGCUCUUCAUCCCAGACAUCGGCAAGGUCAUCUCGGUCGUUGGAGGCCUGGCCGCCUGCUUCAUCUUCGUCUUCCCAGGACUGUGCCUCAUUCAAGCCAAACUCUCUGAGAUGGAGGAAGUCAAGCCAGCCAGCUGGUGGGCCCUGGUCAGUUACGGAGUCCUCUUGGUCACCCUGGGAGCCUUCAUCUUCGGCCAGACCACAGCCAACGCCAUCUUUGUGGAUCUCUUGGCCUAACCACUGUCUCCCA